AAAAAUAGCAUUUUCCUUUAAUUAAAAGUAAUUGUUAUGUAUUAUUAACCUUACAUGUCCUUAAAAAAAAUUUUCAUAUAUAAUGUUUUUUUAGAGUUGGGGAAAAUGUAUUUUUACAGACAAAAAAACAGUAGAAUUUUACAGUCAUAUCCAAUUUCGAGUCUCUCUUGUAGCAAAUUAGCUUAAAAAGGGAAUUAUUUAUAAUUAAUUAUAACUGGUUAUAAUUAAUAAUAAAUAUUUAGAUUAGAUCUUAGAAUUAACUGUAGCAGAAUCGACAAUACAAUUAUUUGAUCUGUCCGUCCACCGAGCAGACAAUAUAAUUAUUUAUCAAUUCUAGGAAGAUUAUUUUCCUGGCCAAGGAACAAUAGCCUUCCUACUUAUACAGUGCUAGCAGUAGUUUAGCAUGUAGCGAGGAGCAACAUUCAGUGACUUUGAAUUGUGAGCGGAACACAGAGACAAUCAAUUGUGAAUAUAAGGGAUUUAAUAAAUGAAACUAUAACUAGCAUACACCUAAACUAAGCAAAACAUAUAUAUAUAGAAUGAAGGAAAGUAAGGAAAAGAGAGAGAUGAGCAAAGAAUGGCAGUAUUUCACAUCAAUUAACCACAACCUAAAUGAGAAUCAUCAGAGGCACAAUUCACCUUAAAAGGGGUUCAAACUUAAACACGCAUCUAAUCAGUUGUAAAUGGUUACUUGCAUUGGUUUGUUGCUGAAUAAGAGUCUUGAUGCGGUAGACGAGGUUCUCAAUGAUUUCUUUAGGAGUGAGUUGAAGAAGUCCACAAAGUUACUUGAAGGUAAACACUGCCAGAAGGUUAAACUCAAGAGAAGAGAUUUGGAGUGUGUUCGUCUCAAGAAGAAGAGUUUUUGAGCGUUGAUUAAUCUGCGUUCGGAACUUUUGAUAGUUCAUUGCCGCACCCAUUUUGUGGGUGGAGUGGCCAAUCAGAGGCAUGCAUUUUGAGCGGAAGAAGCUUCCUUUGUCUCCGUUUAUGACUCAUUUACAUUUUAUUGCUGAUCUGGAACGCUAGUGCAGCUUUUAAUUCAAAACAUAGUAAGAAUUGUUUGAUGCAUUUCACGAUCACAUAGUGUGCAUCAUUGUGUGAGGAAUAAAGAGGAGAUCAUUUUGAUACCAAGAAAGUAACCUCCAGACGAUAUUAAAGCAGAGAUACGCUCACACUUGAAUAUAGGCAUUGUAACGUCUAACUAAUACAAGUAAAGGGUUUUAACUAAGUUAAUAUAAUAGGGGAAUAUACAUACAACACAUGCAUAUAGCAGAUACAUUUAUAACUGCUUAAUUAUGGCCUAAAUAGAGAAAAUGUCUUUAGGUAUGUGUGUGACAUGUAUUGGAAAUUGUGGAGACAGACAACUGGUCUGGUGCCUGGCACGGGGGGUCGUUCCCUCCUCUGUGGAAUGUGUUUGAAGCUUGAUACAGACUAUAGGACACAGUCGUCCUGUUUAGCAUCCUUUUGAUAGUGAAAAAGGCCAUUUGCAAUUUAGCACCCAUAUAAAUGUAAACGGUGAGGCCAGGUCAGUAAUUUAUAUGCAAAUGUCAAAAGGAUAAAAGGGUUUUUUUAAAACAAAGUGUAAUCAGCCAUCACUGAUCCUACACAGACGUUACAUUCUAAUACACGAGUACGUUUCACAGCAGAAUUUAGGCCAUUCACAUUCACUGAUAAAAUAUUUAUAAAAUAUUCAUAAUUCCAAAAUUGUGUACAGUAAAUGAAGAAAAGCAAAAGCAAUCCCAUUCUGUAAGUAACAUGUAAACGCUGGUGUGCAUUCUAGAUACCAAUCCACCUAGAUGAAAAAUCCUUUUAGAAAUAAGGUAAAAUAAAUAAAAGUAUGAAUGUCUGUUGUAAAAAAUAAAAGCAACACAAAAACACGAACAACAAAAAACUAUAAACAAGAAACAACUCAGACCGCACAUUACCGAGAACGUAGGUCUGAUUGAGCAGCAACAAAUGGAGAUGAUACGUGACCAGUCCACCUCAACGCAAGACAUGUCCCCAAAAGGCCCACAUAGUCAAAAAUUAUUGUAAUUAAACCUACUCUCCAUUAGAUCCCUCCAAAAAAAAAAGGGUGUUAGUCUUAGCAGUAAAGAGACAGUUGUGCCGGAUAAAUAUGAACAAUAUCCCAGGAGGAGAGAGAGAGAGAGAGAGGGAAAGAAAAAAAAGAGAGAUGUGUCCAUGUCCACCUUGUUAUUAUCCUCUCCUGGGCAGCUGGAAUCGCCUCCAUCCCGGUCAUUAAGUUCUUCUCGCUGGGCCGAAGAGAUGAAGAUGGUGGCCGCUGUUUUCCCAUUGCUUUUUUAGAGCUUCAGCAUAGGUCUUCUUCUGUGACAGUGAGCUGAUAAAAUCUUCCGCUUUCUGAGGAGAGUCGAACAUCAUCUGUUCACCUUUGUGUUGUAGUUUAAUUACCGCCGGAUAAGUGAGAAAGGGCUGGAGACCAAGUGCUGUCAUCUUCUUCAAGGCUGGAUUAAAGCUCUUUCUCUUGGUAGUUGUGGCUGGACUAAAGUCGGGAAAAAACAGCAGCGUGACAUUGUCCUGUGCACAUCUCACCGGAUAUGCCUGCCGAGCACCCCUCAGGAUCGCCAAUCUGUCAUGCCACCUCAGCACACGGAAGAUGAGAGUACGCGGCCGAUCGUAGUUUUUCCUUCCGUCAUACACACAAUGGGCACGGUCAAUCUCGAUGUCACGGCCUUUCAGUGAAGGGAUCCACUUGGAAAAAUUAGCUCUGAGGAAGCCAGCUGCAUCAGAGCCUUCUGCCCCCUCCGGCAACCCCACCAGUCGCACGUUAUUUCUCCUGCUCCUAUCCUCAAUGUCCGUCAUCUUCUCAGUGAGUUGCUCCAGCUGAUUUCUUAAGUCCGUGACUGUCCUCCUAUCCUCACGUGCAGCUGCUUGAACGGAAUUGACCCAGUCACGUGUCUGCUUCGCCGCGCUAGCUAGUGUCUCAAGCUCCGCUCUUAGCUCUUUAACAGAAUUGUUGGUCGCUUGUAUGUCCACAUGCAGGUCACGCAAUGCUGGGGUCAGUACAUAGUUUACCGCAUCUCUUACUGUCGAGGCCACAACCGAAUCCAAAGUACUUUGCUGCUCUUUAAGUGCUAGCUUGAUACUUGAUACAUCUCCUCUCUGGAGAUGGUGGAAUCUUUGAAUUUUUUCUUUAUUGGCGAUUGCUCAAUCUCUCUUUUCCGAUCGUCUUUGACUGUUGAAGUACUCAUGAUGGAUCAACUGCAGAGUGGUUCGAAAUUUACUGACAGGAUUAUACAAUAUUUGACAGAGUGAGCAGAGCGAAGGACUACGCGUGCAUCGCUGUCGAAGGGUCACGUGUCCAGGUGUUAUGUCCAGUCCUUAAGACAUAACUUACAUGCCGCAAGUGCACUUCAGAAAGAACACACACAAAGCUUACAUGAGCUUUUGAAAACUGUCGUCUGUCAGUGUUUCAUGUAUCAAAUUUAAUUUGCAUUCCAAACAGCAACAAUUAUACCUUCAUAGAGCACUUGGAAGAGAAAAGCUGAAAUACCGGUGAUUGAUACCGCACACUGUAAAGCAGUGCACGUUUCUCACAGUGCAUAUCCUGUGCAAUGAACUCUGCGAUUGCCACUGUAUUUCACUUUAACGAUGAAACAUUAUGCAAGUUUGUACUUAACCAAUGUUGUGUGUGUGUUUGUGUUUAAUUGGCAGCAAGUAGAAUACAGCUCCAUUGCAUUGGAGAAUUGAUUUUUCUUCCACCCUACACCCAGUACUCCGUUUUGGUCCCCCCCGCCUGUCAAGCCAGAUUUGCACCCCUGCUAUUUUACUAUGCGGAGAGGAGAGAGAUGUUUGUUUGGACCUUUCCAUCUGUUACGACGAAACAUACUUCAGUCCAGUGGCCAGACAAGGGAGCAUCACAGCCAUAUAUACUGUCCUCAGUUGGUCCCUCUGUGGUGGAGCCCAUAGACUGGCAGUCAGUGAAUGAGAAGCGUCUGGAGCUCUUAUCAACUGUUUGCAGAAAUUCAUCUAUGUGGAACCUCACCCACACAACUGUGGACAAGUUUGUCUUGGACCGCAUUUUUGUGUGUGACAAGCACAAAAUACUCUUCUGUCAGACACCUAAAGUUGGAAAUACACAAUGGAAGAAGGUUCUAAUUGUCCUUAAUGGAAUGUUCUCAAAAGUUGAAGCUAUACCAGAGAACCUGGUUCAUGAUCAUGAAAGAAAUGGUUUACCCCGCCUGUCCUCUAUGACGGACACAGAAAUUCGUCAAAGGUUAAAUUCUUAUUUCAAGUUCUUUAUUGUGAGAGACCCAUUUGAGCGUCUAAUAUCUGCUUUCAAGGACAAGUUCGUGAAGAACCCAAGAUUUGAACCUUGGUACAAACAUGACAUUGCCCCAGCCAUCAUUCGCAAAUAUCGCAGGAGUCACCAUGAUGAUAGUGAUAGUGUGGGUCUUCAGUUUGAAGACUUUGUACGAUAUUUGGGCGACAAGUCAGGCCGACAGCGCUUGGACAGGCAGUUUGGUGACCACAUUAUUCACUGGCUGACAUAUGCUGAGCUGUGUGCUCCUUGUGAUAUUUCCUACAAUGUUGUGGGUCACCAUGAGACUCUGGAGCGUGAUGCUCCUUAUAUUCUAAAAGCUGCUGGUAUUGCUGACCUAGUGUCAUACCCCAAUAUCCCACCAGGGAUAACCCGCUACAACCGCACCAAGGUGGAACGCUAUUUUACUGGAAUCGGCCAACGAGAUGUCCGCCGGCUCUACGCUAGCUACCAGGGAGACUUCAGCCUGUUUGAUUACCAGAGACCUGCCUUCCUAUUGGACUGACGUAGAGAUUUCUUGAUUUUUUUUUUUUUUUUUUUAUAAAUCUCUGAAUUAUAUGGCUGCCUCAAAAAUAGUGUUCAAUUGCCUGGCCUAUAUGGAGUAUAUAUUGUUCUUUUGCACUGAUCUGAGACUUAAUUACUUACUUUACACCUAAUAUGUUUGUAUUUACAUACAUGUUUGGAUUUGGCUUUAUCAGGGAUCUGCACUAGAGGGUAACUUUAAACAUGAAUUACUAAGAUCAAACCGUGCAUUAGUAAAGUUUAUAUUUUAUUUGAUAAUAUCUGUAUUUGCCAUAUAAUAAUGAAUUGCCAUAAUAUUUAGAAAAGUUUUAUGGAUUUCAUUAACUGGAUUUCAGACAUAAUAUAUUAGGUAAUAGUAUAUAAUAGUACUAUAUAAAUGAUGAAAUCGUGACUAUAUUUGUUUGACACCUCACCUUUUUUUCUUUCUUUUUUACCAGUUUACUGUGGACUCAUUUCCUGAAAUAGUGUCUUCACUAUCUUUUAUACUUAAAGGAUGGUAGUACUCAAGCAUCCCAAAAUAGAUUAAUAAAUCUUACAGUUUUGAUAUUAACAAUGUUCAGUUUCAUUCUGGUCUAUAAUAAAUUUUCCUUUAUCUUGAAACUAGCUUAUACACACACUAUCAAAUUUAAAAUAUACUCUUCAUCAUGCAAAUCUAUUUUGCAAAUAUACCUUUAUAUCAGUAAGUAUCUAAAUUUGUACCAUAAAAAUCUCUAAAUAUCAACACCAUGAUCAAACAAAUUCAUUUGUCGGUGGCCAAAUUCGAAGUUCGGGAUAAAUAUUAAGAUUUAGGAUAUAGUACUCUUAGAAAAAAAAUUUAACCUUUGAAAAAACUCUUUGAGCCAAACAAGAAGGCUCAGCAUUAAACUUACAGGUUCUGUUGUGGUAAGAGGGUUCAUAUUAGAACCUGGCCUAUUUUUAAGGUUCCUGUAUGAACCUUUUUAAAAAUGGUCUAUGAAGAUCUAUUUUGUAAUUAUCUGAGGCCUGCGGUCAUGGAAUAUAUUAAUCACGAACAAGAAUAAUAAUAAUAAUAAUAAUAAUUAUUAUUAUUAUUAACAGAUUAAAAAUCUUACCUUAAAAUAGGGAUGAGCGGAGCACUAACUAACACUUUACCCUGAAAGAACGGAAGUAAAAUAUUCCAUAGGUGUGGCUCAUUUUAACGUGACCAUUUGACAACUCAAAGUGCAACUGAAGCAGUCAGUCAAGUUAACAUUUAGUAAAUACAUUUUCACUCUAAUAAACAAUUCCAUAAUAAAUCAUAGAUAAAUAUUAUUAUAUAUAAUAAAUCAUAAAUAAACCAUUUAAAAAAAAUCUUUUGUAGCAACGUCACCGUGUCUUGCAGUACUAAAACCUGUGACAUUACGGUGUUGGCUGUCCUGCCAUUCACAUUCAAUAUUAACACAGUUUGUGCUUGUUAGGCAAAGGCAGUCAGGUUUAUUUGUAUGGAGGCCUGGACAUGAAUAAGAAUUGUGAGCUUGUUUCAUUUUUACAGUGUAUGCUUUCUUUAUUUAUCACAAAAGAAUGGAAGUUUAAAGUGGAAAUGAAGCAGACAAUCAAGUUAACAUCAAGUAAAUGGAUUUCCAUGCUAUUCAACAAUUUAUAACAAACGUAAAAUAAAAACAUAAAAUACAUUGUCACAAAUUAAGAAUUUAUUCAAUUUUAGUUAAAUCGUGGCCCCAUUAUACUAAUUGUUCCUUAAAGGGGACGAAUUAAUGAAACGUGUCCACAUAUUAACAAGUUCCCUGCUGGGAAAAAAGAAACCAUCACAGAAAUUAAAUUAAGAAUUAAGAUUUUAUUCCAUUUUAUUUAAAAAUCGUGGCCCCAUUAUACUAAUUGUUCUUUAAAGGGACGAAUUAAUGAAACAUGUCCACAUAUUAACAAGUUCCCUGCUGGGAAAAAAGAAACCAUCACAGAAAUUAAAUUAAUUAAAUAAAUAAACAACCAUUAAAAAAAAUGGUUUCCUGUAGUGCGUUUUGGGCCAUAUCCCCUUAGGAUUUAUUGGUUUUAACAAGCCACCAAUACAAGGCGACAAAUUACCAGUAGGGACCCACAGGGAUUACAGUUUCUAUAAAAUAAUACAAUUCACUUUAUAACCAGUAAAACUAUUACAAAUUCUGUGAUGUUUCCUAUUGUUGUUGUUUUUUUCUACAUGUAAUGUGUAGGGCUUCAACUUAAUUUUUUUACUGGAAAUAGUAGACCAUCUGGGUACCUUUGGGUUCAUUUCAACAUAUUACUAAUUGGGACACACCAAUUCUAAUUUUAAAUACUAUUUAGGACGGAUAGUAUGCAAAUGGCAUGCAGCAAACGUCUUUCUUGUAUAGAAGAUAUAAUUUAUUUUUCUAACCAUUUACAAACCGUGUCAGUUGCUUUGGAAAAUUGAGAAAAAACAAAUUUACGUGAUAAAAGUUGGACUUUUACCUGCUCAUGUCCCAUAGCCUUCUCAAAGCGGAGAGUGGGAUUGUCUUUGUGAGGAAACAAAUAAACUGAUUAAAUGUGUUAUCAAAAAAGUUGUCACAUUAAAAUCAUAAUUUGUACAUUGUGCAAAUAAUUACAAAUUAUUUUUACAGUGGUAAAGCAAAGGACAAAAAAAAAAAAUAAAUAAAUAAAUAAAUUUUUAUAAACUGUUGAAAUCCCUCUGAUUGUGCCAAAAACACUGAUGUUUCAUUUCCACUUAAAAUUGUUAUCUUGUAUAAGCAAACACAAACUAAAAUAUUAUGUCAAUAAAAGAUAACUAUUAACUUUUUCAUAUAAAAUAAUUUCCAUUUUUAGUAAUUAAAAAGAAAGUAAUUUUGGAGUUUGACAAUAAAAAAUCUGUUAUACAGCAUAGGUCAAAACUGUGGGCAAAUAUGAAGAAACAUUCAGAUUUUCAGGAAAACACGCCUCCACACACAGAUCUCGCAGAACAAGAGGCAAAUAGAUCAGCCUGUAAGAAUGUUUAAAAUUUCUUGAAAAUUUUAUUUCUGAACAUUCAGGUUUGCCUUCUCAGUCUUUAUUUACCUGUUUUUCAUGGUUUCACAACAGUAUUCAUAAAAGUUAUAACAUCGUUCUAAUACCGUGGGCCCACGUGCCGCAAUUGUGCAAGUGGGGUCUAAUGUCUUGUGCUAGUUAGCAUUAAAAAAAAAAAAAAAAAAAAAGUUAACGAGUUUGUUUGCCCAUAUAAUCAUUAGGAAAUAGAGUAAACUUAUUUGGCUUGCUGUCCACUGAUGAGUGGCUCGAUGAAGCAGCUUCAACUCGAGCUCUGAUAAACCCCCCAGGGACAUGAUAUAAGGAGAUUACAAAGGGCAAGGUACCUAAGAAGAAGGUGGAGAUUGGGGAGGUGGAGGGAUGCUGGAGCAGCUGAGACCGGAGAGAGGUAAGCAGCUGCUUAUAUACUCUGGCUGUUGAUUGAAAGAUUAGAUGGGCUCGCUCCUCCCUAACUUACGUUUAGGAACUUCAUAAAAACUACUAAUUAACAGAUUGGAGUCGAGGGGGCUUCGUACAGAGUAGUACAAAAGAGUAAUGCACUUCUGUCAGGACCACUACCGUCAAAAGAUAGAUACUUAGCAUAAAGUCUUGGUUUGGCGGUAUGGUUCUGUUCUGUGCAAAAACUCCCUGCCCAUCCAUGCAGCCUGUCAUGAAUGAGCAGGGAGAGCAACAAUAAUAACCCCCCUAGGGUAAACAGAACAGAACAAAGCAGAUAUCAUUAAUGUACUUAAUGAUAUUUAAGUGUAUUUAGUGUAUUUAAGUCUGAUUCAGCAAGGAAUAUGAGAAAGACAAGUCCUGACUGCGAAAGGAGGAGUUGGGGAUGGAGGAGGGUGAUUUGCUCCUGAGCAAGCGGAAAAAGCUGCUGAUUGAUACGGAAGACAGCUUAUAUAGGAAUGCCGCGAUAGGUGUUGUAUUCCUAUAGAUAAAUACGAUCAGCUGAGAAUCAGCUGAUGCAAGCUUGACUCACGUGACCUGCCAGAACUAACGCGACCUGCCAGAACUAACGCUAACGCUUCAUUUCUGUCAGGACCACUAUCGUCAAAAGAUAGAUACUUAGCAUAAAGUUUUGGUUUGGCGGUAUGGUUCUGUUCUGUGCAAAAACUCCCUGCCCAUCCAUGCAGCCUGUCAUGAAUGAGCAGGGAGAGCAACAAUAAUAGCCCCCCCAACACAAACGAUAGGCCCGAACGCCCAAACCACAACUGAUGCUUUCUGAAAGCAGCAUAUCCUUCUGAAAUAGCAGAGACUGGGGCAGCAGCCCCUUACAGAGAAGGCAGUGAAGGGGUGCUCUUCUUUAUAAGCAGCCAAGAAGAGCAGCAAGCCCCUUUUUGCAAUACCUAAAAAAGAUGCAGAAAAAUUGACAGCUAAUUGACAGCCUAAUUUGCAGCAAACAAACGUACUGCAGCCAUAGAAGCGAGCAAUGUACGGUUCAGAAAGAUUGCAUAUUCUACCUGGCCUAAAAGCUUCAGCAUCCAUUUAAAAACUCUAUAGAAACAGCAUAUAACUCAAAUCAACUCGUCAGUUUACAGGUUGCCGUCUCCCAUUGACAUUGUGCUCGUUAUGUUAUGCGUCUUCAAUCUGACAACCCACGUGCGUGAAGGCAGAAAUCCUUACCAAUGCACUCGAUAGCUUUGCAACAAGCAUGUAGCAGUAGUCAGAGAAACUUAAGGAAAUAGCAGUCCCAAUAACUAGAUGAGCCAUAAGCAGCAAGCAUAUUUAGAGAACAAUCAGAUGGCCUAAACAACAGGUUAAAUAUUAGCUUCUUGCUGUUGCAAAUUUACCAAGUACCAGUACUUGCAGUACAACCAAUAGCUUAAAGAAACAAGCGGGUCUAGCAACAAACAUGAGCACUAGAUAAGCCCUAAAAGCAAGCAAAAUCCCAAUACCCUAAUAGCUUUAAAGCAAAGACCUUCUGAAAUAGCGUAGACUGCGGCAGUAUGCCCUUUAAGAAGAAGAGAAGCAGCGAAGGGGUGCUCUUCUUUAAUCAGCAGCUGAGAAGAGCAGCAUGCCCCUUUAAUGCAGUACAGCAUAUGGUCAAUACCCGACGAUUAGGCAACAGCAUGUUGCCCUUAUCCAGAUAAUCGUUAGCAUUAAUAACCUUUGCUAGCAAAAUCUACAUACUACCUGUUAAGUACCAAGCACGUUACAGGUACACUGAUUAAAGCAACAACAUAUCAAAUAGAAAUAAAAAUAGGAUAAGUUUAAUGAAACGGAAUUCCCAAGAUGAGUCUUAAGCAGCAACCUGUUUCAUAUCAGACAGCCUUAAACAACAUAUUAAAAACAAGCCUCGCUGUGGUAGGUUUACUGGGUAAUGUUACCAGCGUGACAAAAUACAACCAAUGAGCCUAAAGCAACAGCAUGCCUAGCAAACAAACAUGUUACUGAACAACUGCCUUAACAACGAGCAAUAUUUGACGAUAGCAUAAUUGCCAACAUAACAUAAGGCAAUGAGAACGAAAUAGAACUUAGCUUAACUUCGUGAAGACAUUCAGUGAUGAAUAAAGGGUUAAGUGUUCAGUUUUUACGUGGAUGCUUUAACCCUCCUUGAUAUCUUUGCUUCUUCCAGCGGGGAAAGCAGAUCUUGUGUAAAAAGUGUUGUUGAUGCAGUCACAUUAGCACAACUUCAGCGAUGAAUUGCGGGCAUUGCAGGCAAAGAGUAUAUAUCAAUGAUAUAUCGUUAUGAGAAGCAGUACUUGCUCAGGUCACUUCCGAUUCUAUCAGCUUAUAUCAAUCGCGGCGAAUUCGCGUUCAAGUUCACAAACUUGUUGAUUCUGGUGAGAACUCCGUGGGAAACAAAUCCCUGACUGAAAGCUUUCUCAUAGAGAUGGAAUUCAAUAUUAUCAAUCUGCAAUACCGGAGGCUGCACUUUCAGGACCGCAGUUGUAGGACCGCACUUCUAGGACCCUAGUUUUUUGUGACAGCGCCACCUACCGAGCCGGAGAACCGCCGUCCCAGGAACGCAUUUCCAGGACCCUAGUUUUGGAGGACCGAAAAAAGUGCAACUAAGGCAGUAUUUCCACCCAGUUUUAACUACAUUAGAAUUUUAGAGUUUUUUAAAAGUUUUAUUACACCCAAAUACUACUUUCUUUAUUGCAAUUAAACCUGGUUCCUAGGAAUGUUGAGUAAUCAUUGGGUCUAAGUAGCAUAAUAUUAUAACUCAAAUAAAAUAAACAAGGAAUCAUGGUAUAGUCAAGGAUGAC